AGAAAAGGCUUCUCCUGGAUGGAGGGCUGCUUUGUUCCCUACAGUAGAAACAUCCAAGUUAACUGCUGUUUAGAGAAGGGCUGGCAACCAGAAGCGGGUACAAUGAGGUAACAUCCCAGAGAGGGGACAGGGUUUUCCACAACCAAAUCUUGUUGAAGCUGCCUAAUACAGCUGUCACCAAUUCAUGACAUUUGCUUCUGGAUAUCCUCACUGGCUUCCACAUUCCUAACAAGAAGGAUUUCUUGGCAAGUUCCAGAUGUGUUUGAGGAGCAUGCUGAGAGAAAUGACCUGGUUCAGAAUGGCUGAAUGAGGAAAUGUCAUAUGCAGAAGUGUUACAGGAACUGAAAAUGAGCCAGCUGCUCUCCCCAUCACCCACUCUUGAAGUGCUAGGAUUAUUUCCUCACUGUCUUCAUUAUUCAGUCCCUUCCUGUCAUUAUGGAAACCAACAGUCUACCUAUGGGGUGAUGGCAGGCAUCAAGCCUGCAACCCCAGAGAUGUUAUCAGCAAGUCUCUCCCAGAGUCGCAUUUUACAGACCUGCAGCAUGCCCCAUCCCAAUGUGGUGAAUGGAGUCAGCACUCUGCAAGGUGGCCUGACCCCUUGCCUUUAUAAAUUCCCUGAACAUGCACUGAGUGCCAGUUCCUGUGCCCUGGGGCAUGGCUUCACUCCCAUGCACCAGUCUAUCCUUGGAGAUGAUCCCGCAGCCACUGACUUCAAGCAGGAAUUCCGCAGAAAAAACAAGUCUGUUGAAGAGCCAAUAGACAUGGAUUCCCCUGAAAUCAGAGAACUGGAAAAGUUUGCCAAUGAGUUCAAACUGAGGAGAAUUAAGCUAGGCUAUACACAAACAAACGUUGGAGAAGCCCUGGCGGCUGUGCAUGGCUCUGAGUUCAGUCAAACAACUAUUUGCCGAUUUGAAAAUUUGCAGCUAAGCUUCAAGAAUGCCUGCAAACUGAAAUUGAUAUUAUCCAAGUGGCUGGAAGAAGCAGAACAAAUAGGAGCUUUAUACAAUGAAAAAGUUGGCGUGAAUGAGCGGAAAAGAAAGCGCAGAACCACCAUAAGCAUUGCUGCUAAAGAAGCUCUAGAGAGAAACUUUGGGGAACAAAGUAAGCCUUCUUCUCAAGAGAUUAUGAGGUUGGCUGAGGGGCUUAACCUUGAGAAGGAAGUUGUGAGAGUUUGGUUUUGCAACCGAAGACAAAGGGAAAAGAGAGUGAAGACAAGUUUACACCAGAACACCUUUAGUUCCAUUAUGAAGGAGCAUCAUGAGUGCCGGUAAAGUUUCCUGUGCGUAGUUGAGGAUUUCUGGGCAUUUAGGAUUUUCUUUUUUUAAAGUAUUUUGUGAGUCUGAACAGAAACACGUUUCCUUUACAAGUUAGUCUAUUUUAACUGUAAUAUCUUCAGUGGGCUUUAUCUUAAUGUAAAAGAUUGGAAACAUUGUUACUAUAUGUAUGUGUGCAGGGGAGACAGUUGCUUAGGUGUCAACUAUUCAAUCGGCAUUAGUCGAUUAAUGUGUUACAAAUUGCACCCUAAGUACAAUACACUCACUAGUUAAUGUGAAUUUUGCCCAAAAGAUCUGGAAUGAUAUCAUUUGUGUUAAUUACAAAGAAGUUACGUACUUACUGUAUGUGAAAAUGUUGACUGCACAUGCACACGUGUGUGAUGUGCUCCUCACUCCCCCAACAGCAAUGAGCUUCACAAACCUCCUAGAAAAGCUACAGUUGUAGGGAUCACUGAAGUGCCCCUUCCCAGCACCAAACAUUUAGAGCCAAUGGUGGAGGCUGUGUGAUCAGUGGCUGGUCCUCAUGCUAAACUUCAGCAUCAUUGAACUCUGUGGAAAGUGACCUGGUAAUUAAGGCAGUUGCCUGUCUUAAAAAAACUGCUUACUGGCAAACAGUCUUUCUUCUUUAAAGCAGCCUCUACAGCUUCCCUCUUGCGGAGUCUAGCUGGUAAUACAACCCCAUGUAGGUGGGCUGAGUUCUAUUAAGCAAGGACUGCAGAACUGCCCUCCCAAAGGGAGCAUCGAAUGUAGCUGCUUGGUCAAAAGAACUGCUAUGUAAUUGUGAGGCCAGGACUCCAGGUAGCAACUUGGCAGAUUUCUAGGAUGGAAACAUUAGAGGCAUUCUGGCUGCUGCCUUAGCCCUGGUGGAAUGAGCUUUAAGACCCUGGAGGUAUGACACCUUUGCUAAUGUGUAACAUUUCUCAAUACACAGCCAAUCCAUUUAGACAGGUGCUGAGCAGAAAUGGCAUUUCCUUUACACUGAUCGCCAAAGGCUACAGAAAGUCUUGCUGACGUUCUAAAUGCUUUAAACCUAGUUAAAUCAAAACUCAAAUAUAACCUCAUUUUCCCCUGGGGAGAAUGAGGUUUAGAAAAGAACAGGCAGAAAUCAUUAUUUCUAGUCCUCUCUUCUCCUGUCCUGCAGAGCUGACAAAAUGAUUUCAUAGCUCCACCUCCAGGAGCCAGGGAUUGAGGGGAGUUGGAAUAAUGUGACUUCAGCACUCAAGGGACGGGUAGUCCAGUGAUCACUGCAGCAACAUUGCUCCCAUUAUUUGUUAUAAUGAUACUAAUUAAUGUGUACAUAUUUCAAGCUUUUUCCCAGGACUACAAUUACAGAAAUGCACAUUAGUGGUAAUGGUAAAUACAAAACUAAUUUUUUAUGAAGCAGGCGUGAUGGUGAUUUAGAAAAUGACUAGAUAAUAGAUCCAGAAAGAGGUUAUAAUAUUUGAGGUCACUAACGUGAGUGUAUAUCAAGUAGAACAUUUCUAUGUUGGUGUGUUUUAAAUAAUACAUAAGCCCAGCCGAGAAGGGGCCCUAGGCAUGUUAAACUAAGGAAUAUAGUCUCCUGUAUUAAGAAAAUAUAUUCUUAUGAACAAACUGCAUUAUUGCUUUUAUUUUUCUUAGGAGAGGAUUCUAAAUUAAAACUCAGGUGGGGGGGAGGGGGAGAAUCCCUUUCCCCCUUGCUAAUGCACGUUUUAUACAAGAUUUGAACUAUUCUAACCCCCAGACUGUCACAACACAAACACAGAUCGGUCACUACUUUACAAAGCAAGAGUUCACUUUCUGGGAUUAAGCCUCAGCCUUUACCACCAACCACAGGCGCUGUACUGACAGAACUGCACUUUGUAAAAAAAAAACAAAACAAAACAAAAAAAACUGGAAAGAGUAGAGAAAUGAAGGUGAUGACUUGUAAUUUUUUCCCUUGGCUACUUUGUUUCUUUGUUUGAGGUUUCUUGUGGUGUACUAUGCACAUGUAGUCAAAUUUGCAAUAUGGUAUAGUUUUAGAUUUUAUUUAUUUUCUAAAUUAUUUGCCUGUUUAAAAAGGGGUAUUAUGAAAAACUGUAACCCUAUUCUUUGCCAAAAAUAAAAGCAUUGUUCAAAUAACCCCUAAUACCAAAUGUAACUGUCCACAUUUGUUUGGUUGUGAUAGUAUUUUGAUUUUACUUUAGCUGCUCCACUCUGUUGCUACCUAAUCUUUUUUGCAUCCUACAGUAAAUGCAUCAGCAGUCAUU